CUGUGCGUUCGCAGCGCUCCGCGCGCUCUUUACGUCGGCGGCCCGGGAGGAGGCGUUUCCGGCCAUUCAUACUCCGUUCCGGUGGUCGAAGUUGUCCGUUUUUGUGCCCUCUCGGACAGAAAUCUUGAAAUCUUCGUCAGGAUGAAGCUCGUGAGAUUUUUGAUGAAAUUGAGUCACGAAACUGUAACCAUCGAAUUAAAGAAUGGAACACAGGUCCAUGGAACAAUCACAGGUGUAGAUGUCAGCAUGAAUACUCAUCUUAAAGCUGUGAAAAUGACCCUGAAGAACCGAGAACCUGUACAGCUGGAAACACUGAGUAUUCGCGGAAAUAACAUUCGAUAUUUUAUUCUGCCAGACAGCUUACCUUUGGAUACACUACUUGUGGAUGUUGAACCGAAGGUGAAAUCUAAGAAAAGAGAAGCUGUUGCAGGAAGAGGCCGGGGCCGAGGAAGAGGAAGAGGACGUGGCCGGGGCAGAGGAAGAGGGGGUCCUAGGCGAUAAUGUCGCUCAUGAUUACUGUUUCAAAGUGAUACGCGAUUUGGGAUAUUUUUUGUACAGGUUUUGUUUGUUUAUGUCAGUUUUUAAUAAACAUAAAUGUAGGCCA